AUGGCGCGGCACUUCUCGGCGGCGGGGGUCGUGCAGAGAUACUACUGCGGUGGCGCGUGCGACGGCCGGGACGACGGCGCGGUGCAGGCGAUGCUGCAGUGCCAGCGGGUGAGUGACUUCCUCAUCGCCGCCUCCUACCUCUCCAUCCCGCUUGAGCUCCUCUACUUCGCCUCCUGCGCCGACCUCGCCCCGCUCAAGUGGCUCCUGCUGCAGCUCGCCUCCUUCGCCGUGCUCGGCGGCACGACCCACCUGCUCGCCGUCUUCUCCCACAUCCACCCGCACUCAUCCGGCCUCCUGCUCGCCUCCACCGCCACCAAGCUCCUCGCGGCCCUCGUCUCCUUCGCCACCGCCGUCUCCCUCGUCAUCUUCAUUCCCCGCCUCAUCCGCGCAAAGCUCCGGGAGGCGCUCCUCCGCGCCAAGGCCCGCCAGCUCGACCGCGACCUCGGCAUCGUCCGCCGCCGCGUCGAGGCCACCUCCCGCGUCGUCCACAUGCUCACGCACCACAUUCGGAGCUCCCCGCCGCUCGACGCGCACACCAUCCUCCACACCACCAUGCUCCACCUCGUCGACGCCCUCGCGCUCCACAGCUGCGCCGUAUGGAUGCCCGGCCACGAUGCCGGCGACGAUCUCCACCUUGUGCACCAGCUCAGCCUCAGGGGCAAGGGCCCCGUCAGCGUCGUGCUGGGCUCGCAGGCCCCAAUCUCCAUGGAUGACCCCGACGUGGCUGACGUAAUGGCCAGCGAGGCUGCCAAGGUGCUCAGGCCAGGCUCUGCGCUCGCCAUGGCAAGCAGCGGUGGCCUCCAACCGCGGGGAGCCGUGGCUGCCAUACGGAUCCCCAUGCUCAAGGUCUCCAAUUUCGACGGAAGAAAGGCACCGGUGGCAAGCUCAUUUGCCAUCUUGGUGUUGGUUCUUCGCAACAAGCAGGAUGGCUACACCAGUAGCAGAGAAUGGGGCAGACAAGACCUGGAGGUUAUGCAGGUGAUCGCAGAUCAGGUCGCCGUGGCGCUCUCCCACGCGGCGGUCCUAGAGGAGUGGCAAGCCAUGCGCGAUAAGCUCGCCGAGCAGCACAGGGCCCUGCUGCACGCCAAGCAGGAAACCAUGAUGGCGACCAAUGGUAUCAACAACAUCCAGAGCGCCAUGUGCCACGGCAUGCGAAAGCCGAUGUACUCAAUCAUCGGGCUGCUCUCCAUGGUGUCGCAGGUGGAGAACAUGCGCCCCGAGCAGAGGCUUCUGGCCGAUGCCAUCGCCAGGACAAGCACCCUCUCCUUGGCACUGAUGAACGAUGUCGCCACGGAGACGUUGACGGUGGAUCGCAGGCCAUUCGGCCUCCACUCCCUGAUCAGAGAGACGAUGAGCGUGGCGGGAUGCCUGGCCGGCUGCGAAGGAGUUGGUUUCUCCUACCAGCUGGAGAAUUCAUUGCCUGCGUGGGUCGUCGGCGAUGAGACGCGAGUCUUCCAUCUCCUGCUGCAAAUGGUGGGUGCUCUGCUUACCCAGCAGCGCAGCGACGCAGGGCGUCUCUUGUUCUCCGUCAGUACCUGCACUGCGGGCCAAGAGGAUUGCAUCCCGGCGCAGCCAAAUCUGUCUCCAGGUUGCAGCAUCUGUGUCAAGUUUCAGGUUACCAUGGAAAGAUCAACUGGGUGCAGCCAAUCUCCCAGCAGACCGGUCGACUCUGAGAUCAGCAUCAUGUGCAAGAAGAUUGUGCAGAUGAUGAGUGGUAGCAUGCGAUCCGCAUUGGAUGGAGAAACCAUCACCCUCAUCCUACAGUUCCAGCUGCAACAAUCAGGCGUGUGCCGAAGAACCCCAUUGUCCGUUCCUCGCUUUGAUGGCCUGAGGAUCCUGCUCGCGGAUGGCGACUGCAUGAGCCAGGCGGUGACGCAGAAGCUCCUCGAGAAGCUCGGCUGUCAGGUCGUAUCGGUUUCGUCGGGCGCCCACUGUCUGGCCUUAAUGGGGAGCGCCGACUCUUCUUUCCAGCUCCUCUUUCUUGACCUUGACAUGGAUGCGUUUGAGGUGGCCCUCCUGAUCAGGGAGCUCAGGAAUAGGUGCUGGCUACUCAUAGUCGCAGCUCUCGCCGUGAGUGUCGACGACAGCGUCCGUGAGAUGUGCCGUCGGUCAGGGAUAAACGGUCUGAUCCAGAAACCUAUCACGCUGGCGGCACUAGGAGCUCAGCUCUACAGAGUCAUUCGGAACUGA